CUACUAAGCACCUGACUUUUAUCAACCGCUGAUGGAAAGUGAGAACGUAAGACGAGUUAGGGACUUCGUGAAAAGAAGGAAUGACUACUUACACCGACAAAGGACCGAAGCCCGACAGAGGGCGGUUUCUUCAUUUCGACCAUAUCACUCUGUGGGUUGGAAACGCAAAACAAGCUGCUUCUUAUUAUUGCGUCAGAAUGGGUUUCGAACCUUUGGCUUACAUGGGCUUGGAAACAGGAUCCCGGGAAGUGGUGGCUCACGUAGUGAACCAAAAUAGAAUUACUUUUGUAUUCAAAUCAGCUCUGAAUCCAAAUAACAAUGAUUUCGGAGACCAUCUUGUAACUCAUGGAGACGGAGUUAAGGAUAUUGCUUUCACCGUUGAAGAUCUAGAUGUGAUUGUUAAGCGGGCCAAGGAGCGAGGAGCAACAAUUGUGAAAGACAUCUGGGAAGAAACAGAUGACUGUGGAACUGUUCGUUUUGCUACUGUUCAAACUUUUGGAGACACAACACACACAUUUGUAGAACGAGGUGAAUACAAUGGCUUGUUCCUUCCAGGUUAUAAGAAGCCAUUAAGCGACGAUAUUUUGCUUCCAAAACUGCCUGAUGUUGGUUUGAAGUUCAUUGACCACUGUGUAGGAAACCAACCUGAUGACCACAUGAAUUCAGUUGCUGAAUGGUAUGAGAAACAUUUGAUGUUUCACCGUUUCUGGUCAGUGGAUGAUAGUCAGGUUCACACCCAGUACUCGUCUCUCAGAUCAGUAGUAGUGAGUAACUGGGAGGAGACCAUCAAGAUUCCCAUCAAUGAACCAGCACCUGGAAAGAAAAAAUCACAGAUACAGGAAUAUGUUGAUUACUAUGGAAGUGCAGGAAUUCAACACAUCGCUCUGAACACUGAUAACAUCAUCGAAACUAUCAUUAACCUUCGUGCCCGAGGAAUGAAAUUUCUGACUAUACCGGAAUCGUACUACAAACUGUUGCGGGAAAAACUGAAAAACUCAAAGGUCAAGAUAGAAGAAGACUUGAAUAUGAUACAGAAACUUCAUAUACUAGUGGACUUUGAUGACAAUGGCUAUCUGCUACAGAUAUUCACUAAACCAAUGCAGGAUAGACCAACUUUAUUCUUAGAAGCUAUUCAACGACACAAUCACUCGGGUUUUGGAGCAGGCAACUUCAAAGCUUUGUUUGAAGCUAUUGAGCUGGAUCAGGGAAAACGAGGAAAUCUCUGAAGUAACCAAUUUAUCAUCUGUAGAAGGCUCUACUUGAGGGAAUUCUACACUGACGGACUAUGAAUUCUAAUCUAGAAACAUUUUCAUCUGUUAUUAGAAGCUUUGCUUUGAUGAAUUUUUAGCGAUGCUUCAAAUUUAUAAGAAAUUAAUACUAUUUAUAAGUAUGGUUAAUAAAAUUGAAUAUUCAAAACGCAGUUUAAAUUUUAGCAGGGUUUCUAUUAUAAAAGUGAGGUGUUUGUGUAAAAUGCAUGGGCGCCCCCAGGAAGUGGCGAGAGGGGACAUUUGCCCCCCCUACAUUCCACAAAAAGUUGCACGUAUUAUGAUGUAAACUUAACAUCGUUGUUAAACUAAAUAUUUUUAGUCAUUUUUAUUAAGACUGUACAUUUAUGUUUACGUUUAAGCACAUACCACAUUAUUUCAGUAUGUUGACUUACAUUAUAUAAGCUGAUCACCUACAUACAGGUUUUUGACUCCCCUUGAAAAUAUUUCUGUGUGCGCCCAUGGUGAAAUGUGUCUCAGUAUUUUGGAAUAGUUGGAUAAAAAUGAGAUGACGUGUAUCCUAGUUAUAUGUAUAAAAUUGGUGUGGGGUACUGGAAAAUAACAGAUAUAUUUUCUUAAAAAUAUUGACUAGUUUUAUAAACUUAUGGACACAGUUCUUUGUUAUUUCUGUUCUCGUAACUGUGGCGUCUCACAAGUAUAAAUGUGAUAUGAAAUAUUAUUUACAUUAUGUUAAACAUUCCUAACUAUUGAAAAGAAUUAUAUGCAUGUAUUUUUUGAUACUAAGAAAUUAUAUAUGAUUUAUUUUAAUAUAUGAAAAUUGUUAUAUUGAAAGUUUUAUAUCUGAACACAACGAUAAUUCGUACAUAAGAUAAAAGUUUUGUGUUGUUAUUCAUACAUAAAAUCUGUUUAGUAAAUGACUUGUAUAAAAAUUGAUAGUAAUUUGAUUCAUACCUAACAAUUGUUCAUGAAAAUGGGUUGUCGAAUUCCAUCCGGCUUGAUCAGCCCUAUCAGCGGGCGAAAAGCCUAGCAGGCAUUGGAUAUGGCAGAUAUACAAUGUGUAUUAUAUGAACCAUAUUCUUCUUUACUUUCAAAACUCACGAAUUCUUAGAAAUGUCAUAUAACCUUCUAAAGGUUUGAAAUAGGUAAUACUUUACUGAUUUCAGGUAAAAUGAUUUAUAUAUUUUAAUCUUAGUGUGUUACUUGGCUUUUAACGAGUAAAACUUUAAACAGAAUUCUACUGGUUACAAGUCGAAUCGUAUAAGUAAACUUUAAUAAUUCUGGCUGUUUAUGAAAGUCAGCAUAAAACACUGGGAAUGAGAAAUGAUUGUUUUCAUGUCUGAAAUGUAGAGGUUGUCGACAAGUGAUGUUAUUCAGCAGGAUACAUUGUCUAAUACAUACUGAUGAUAAAAUAAAAUAUCCAAGCUUGUACAUUCA